CCCAUCACUCUAACCUAGAGCUUGAACAGACAGGCAACACAUUCGAAGUCGUUCUUGUAAUCAGCAGGUAUCGGCAAGCUGAGGUUUUCUCUAAAUACCGGUGUGGUGAUUAGAGGGGAACUAAUCCUUGAAGAUGGCUGGGGCUAUUAUAGAAAACAUGAGCACAAAAAAGUUGCUUAUCGUCGGAGUUACCCUUCUUCUUUUCCAAGUGUUUUCAUUUAUGGUGGGAGGCUUAAUAGCACCAAGCCCAACCUCUGCCGUCCCCUACAUAGCUACAAAGUGUGUUGAUGUUGUCCAUCACAAUCAGAGGAGCAGUAAAUGGUUUACACCCUGGGGUCCCAACCAGUGCAAUAAGAUCCGGGAUUUUGAGGAGGCCACAGUGAAGAGGAUUGAAGCUAAUAACAUCGUUUUUGCAGUACACAUCCCUGGACCGAACAAAGAGAUGAGCCCUUGGUUUCAGUUCAUGCUGGUCAUCCUCCAGUUCGACAUUGCAUUCAAACUGUACAACCAAAUUGAUGAUGGAGCUGUGGUAACCAUAGAUGUGGGAUUGGCCUAUAGAGAUGAUACACUCAGUGAGUGGACUGAGAUGGCACACUCAAUUGAGCAGCGGAAGCUGAGCUGCAAUUUCACAACAGAAAAGACCAUUGAAAAUGAGGGGCGAUACUAUGAAUGUGAUCUCUUACCUUUUAUGGAAAUGGGCAACGUCGCUCACAAGUAUUAUCUCCUUAACAUUCGACUGCCUGUGAAUGAGCGUAAAAGAGUGAAUAUUGGUAUUGGAGAGAUAAAGGACAUCAGACUUGUGGGAAUCCAUCAGAAUGGUGGCUUCACACAGGUGUGGUUUGCGAUGAAGACUUUUCUGACACCCAGUAUUCUCAUCAUCAUGAUUUGGUACUGGAGACGAAUCACUUUGAUGACACGUCCUCCUGUCCUCCUGGAAAAGAUGAUCUUUGCUUUGGGGAUCUCCAUGACCUUUAUCAACAUUCCUGUAGAAUGGUUUUCAGUGGGUUUCAACUGGACAUGGAUGCUUUUGUUUGGAGAUAUUCGCCAGGGCAUUUUCUAUGCUAUGCUUCUGUCUUUCUGGAUCAUCUUCUGUGGAGAACAUCUCAUGGACCAGACAGAGAGGAACCGCUUUUCUGUCUACUGGAAGCAAAUAGGCCCCAUUGUUUUUGGCUCCUUUUGUCUCUUCAUCUUUGACAUGUGUGAGAGAGGAGUGCAGUUGAAAAACCCAUUCUUCAGCAUCUGGGCCUCAGAAGUUGGGACAGAAUUGGCUAUGGCCUUCAUCAUUGUGGCAGGAAUCUGUGCUUGUCUCUAUUUUCUCUUCCUGUGCUUCAUGGUCUUCCAGGUAUUCCGGAACAUUAGUUGCAAGCGCUCAUCACUCCCUGCCAUGACCAAAGCACGUCGGCUUCAUUAUGAGGGUCUAAUCUUUCGUUUCAAGUUUCUUAUGCUCGUCACACUGGCAUGUGCAGCAAUGACUGUCAUUUUCUUCAUCAUCAGUCAGGUGAAUGAAGGUCAUUGGCAUUGGGGAGACUACACUGUUGAGGUGAACAGUGCAUUCUUCACUGGAAUAUACGGCAUGUGGAACCUCUACGUUUUUGCACUUCUGUUCCUGUAUGCACCAUCACAUAAACACUACGGCGAUGAGCAGUCAAGUGGGGGUCAAGGAGCCAACAGUGGAGAAGACAUUCAGCUCACCACUACCAUUACUCAUGUGGAUGGUCCAACAGAGAUCUACAAGAUGACUGGCAAAGAGGCACAAGAGUAGCCUGCUUUUGCUUUCUUUUCUGCUUGCCAACACUUUUACGUUACACUUAUAUAAUCUCCUCUUUUUAGUACCUACAGUAUAUGUUACUUAAAGCGUUUUGAAUUUCCGGACAGUUUCUACAAAAGGGCCAAGUUUUGUGUUUGUUUGUUUGUUUGUUUGUUUGUUUGUUUUUAAAUGAAAUAUCACGGUCACAGUAAUACAAAUAAUAAAUAAUAAGUGUAUUAGUGAGUGUAACAAACUUGAUGGUACCUUUUCCCUGAGGAAGGUUGAGAGAGUUGAAAUGAAUUAAAAUGAGUGACUUUACUAAUGCCAGUUGGUACAUCUUGAAAAUGAGAGAGAAAACAUGAUAAUUAAGGCUAUGUAUUUCCUCCUGCACUUUGCCAUUUUAAGUUGCUGGCUGUAAUUGUCUAAGUAUAAAUUAAAUAAUGUUGUCUUGAA